AUGCCUCCUCAGUUGAGAGAUCCGUCGUUGCUGAAGCAAAAUGUUGCUUAUAUCAAUGGUGAAUGGAGGGCUGCCAAGUCUGGCAAGACAUUCAAGGUCAAUGAUCCGUCUACUGGCACCUUGAUUGGUACCUGCGCCGAGUGCGACGCCGAGGACACCAAGCUAGCCAUCAAGGCUGCUGCUGAUGCUUUCCCUGCCUUUCGCAGCCUGACGGGCCGUGAGCGUGCCAAGAUGCUUCGCAAGUGGUACGACUUGAUGGUGGAGAAUGCUGAUGAUAUCGCCAAGCUCAUCACCUGGGAGAACGGAAAGCCCGUUGCCGAGGCCAAAGGCGAGGCGGCUUAUGCUGCCAACUUUUUCGAGUGGUUCAGCGAGGAAGCUCCCCGGACCUACGGCGAUACUAUUCCUGCCACUGUGCCUGGCAACAGAGUAUGGACGAUAAAGGAACCUGUUGGCGUGUGUGGGCUGAUUACUCCAUGGAACUUUCCUGCUGCCAUGAUCACUCGAAAGGUCGCCCCUGCACUGGCUGCCGGCUGCACCGUCGUUUGCAAAGCUCCCGGCGAGACUCCAUACACUGCACUGGCUGUCGCUGAACUUGGUCACCGAGCAGGUAUUCCCAAGGGCGUCGUCAACGUCGUUACCACUCUCUCCAACACCCCAGAGGUCGGCGAGGUCCUCACCACUGACCCCACCGUCAAGAAAGUGUCAUUCACCGGUUCUACCGGUGUGGGCAGGCUCCUCAUGAAGCAGUCGUCUGGUACCCUCAAGAAGCUGUCUCUGGAGCUCGGCGGUAACGCUCCCUUCAUCGUUUUCGACGACGCUGACCUCGGCACCGCUGUCGCCGGCGCCAUUGCCUCCAAGUUCCGCGGCACCGGUCAAACCUGUGUUUGCGCCAACCGAAUAUACGUCCAGGAGGGCGUCUACGACGAAUUCGUUAAGAAGUUUACGGAAAAGGUAAAUGCGUUCAAGGUCGGCAAUGGUUUCGAAGCCGGCACUACCCACGGACCUCUCAUCCACGACCGCGCCGUCAGCAAGGUCGAGGCUCACAUCAAGGACGCCCAAUCCAAAGGUGGCAAGAUUGUCGCUGGCGGUCAGAAGAUGCCCGAUCUGGGAGCCAACUUCUUCCAGCCAACAGUUAUCCGUGACAUGACACCCGACAUGGUCAUGGCUACAGAGGAGACUUUCGGCCCCGUUGCUGGACUGUUCCCAUUCAAGACGGAAGCCGAGGUUGUCGAGAUGGCGAACAAGGUCGAAGUUGGGCUUGCUGGAUAUUUCUUUUCACGGGACCUUCACCGCGUCUACCGGAUAGCCGAGGCGCUGGAAGUCGGCAUGGUUGGCGUCAACACGGGCAUCAUCUCGGACCCCGCAUCUCCAUUUGGCGGUGUCAAGGAGAGUGGUUUCGGUCGUGAGGGUUCCAAGUAUGGCAUUGCCGAGUACCAGGUGACCAAGAUGAUUACCUUUGGAGGAAUGGGAUCGCCGUUACAGAGCUAG